AUGGGAUAUGUAAUAGCCAAAAUGUAAGAAAUAAAAUAUAUAGAUAUAUAAUAAAUUAUAAAAAUUAAGAGAUUCUAAAGAGGCAUCUAAAGUAGAAAUCUAAAACCCUUUACAAAUGAAGGGUCAAUUGUUAAUAAGAGAUAAUUAGAUGAUGAACAUAUAAUCCAAUGCAGAAAAUAAGUAAUUUACAUUUGCAUAUAAUAAUAGUUAGAUCCAUGUAGUCUUAUGGAAUUAUGGUCUUAAAUCAUUUCAUUAAACUAUUUGAAUCUAGCUUUGUUCAUAGAUUAAAGGAGAUUUUUAGUAAAAAUUCAUGACUGUUUAGAUAGGUUUUUCAUCACUGCUGGGCUGUUCUUAGUGUAUUGUUACUUUCGUUAGGGUACUUAAUUUUUCGAGGGUAAAGAUUGA